CGCCCCCCGGGCCAAUAAAAUGAUGCAAAGCUCCGCGCUCGCUGCCGAAGGGGCUGUCAAGGGGCUUCCCGAGAUCCUCGGUGUGCCGGUGCAACAGAUCCCCCAGUGCGCCGGCUGCAACCAGCACAUCCUGGACAAGUUCAUCCUCAAGGUCCUGGACCGGCACUGGCACAGCUCCUGCCUCAAGUGCGCCGACUGCCAGAUGCAGCUGGCCGACCGCUGCUUCUCCCGGGCCGGCAGCGUCUACUGCAAGGAGGAUUUCUUCAAGCGCUUCGGGACCAAAUGCACGGCGUGCCAGCAGGGCAUCCCCCCGACCCAGGUGGUCCGCAAGGCGCAGGACUUCGUGUACCACCUGCACUGCUUCGCCUGCAUCAUCUGCAGCCGGCAGCUGGCCACGGGCGACGAGUUCUACCUGAUGGAGGACGGGCGGCUGGUCUGCAAGGAGGACUACGAGACGGCCAAGCAGAACGGUAGGCGGCCCGGAGAGGCGGCGGGGGCCGCGGCACGCACGGCGCUGGCCGCGGCCAGCUGCGGCCUCUGGGGCGGCUGCUUUCGGGGAGAUGUUCCCCGGAGCUGCCGCUCGGGGCUGCUACCGGCUCCUUCGCUCGCAGAUGACUCCGAGGCGGGCGCGAAGCGGCCCCGGACCACGAUCACGGCCAAGCAGCUGGAAACGCUGAAGAACGCCUACAAAAACUCUCCCAAGCCCGCCCGGCACGUGCGGGAGCAGCUCUCCUCCGAGACCGGGCUUGACAUGAGGGUGGUGCAGGUGUGGUUCCAGAACCGGCGGGCCAAGGAGAAGCGGCUGAAGAAGGACGCGGGGCGGCAUCGCUGGGGCCAGUUCUACAAGAGCGUGAAGCGGAGCCGCGGGGGAGGGAAGCUGGAGAAGGAGAGCUCGGCCGAGGACUGCGGCGUCAGCGACAGCGAGCUCAGCUUCCGCGAAGAGCAGAUCCUCUCCGAGCUCGGCCACAACACCAGGGUUUACGGCUCCGCGGGGGACGCGGCGGGCGGACAGUUGCUGAACGGCGGCUUCUCCAUGGAGGGCACGGGACAGACGUACCAGGACUUGCGGGACGGCAGCCCCUACGGCCUCCCGCAGUCGCCGUCCUCCAUCUCGUCGCUGCCGGCCCACCCGCCCUUGCUCAACGGGCUGGACUACGCCAUGGACGGCGGCCUGGGGCUGGUGGCCCACGGGGCGCAGGGGGUGAGUCAGACGCUGCGGGCCAUGGCCGGGGGGGGCCCCACCUCCGACAUCUCCACGGGCAGCAGCGUCGGGUACCCAGACUUUCCCACCAGCCCGGCCUCCUGGCUGGACGACGUGGAUCACCCCCCCUUUCUAAGCGCUGCUCGCCCCCCGCGCCCGCCGGCGGCUGACCUUUCCAGGAUUUCCCAUGGGAACCGGCCCCGGAGGGCUGGAGGGAGGGGGGGGCAGCGGCGGCCACGGCCGUGCUGGGGCGGGGGGCACGGAUGCCUUCGGGUGUAAGCACAAGAGAGGCGGCGAGGACCCCGGCGGGAGGGAAAGAAGGACAAUCGGGGGCGGCAGAGCCCGUCCCGGCACCCGCGCCAGCCCCGCACCCCCCUGCCGAGCACCGCUGCUAUUUUCAAGAGUUAUUUUUCGAUACGGCGUUGAAACGCGACUCGGCGCUGCCAGGAGCCUCCGCGGAAAGAGAAGUCUAUAUUGUAGAAGGGUUUAUUUUGGGGUCAUCGCCCCGCUGCCCCGGGGCGAUGCUGCCCGCUCCCGGCCCAGCGGCCGUGGUUUAUCCCCGGGAGCGGCGCUGCUUUGUACCACGGCCACGCGAGGGGAAGGGAUCGAAAUAAAUCGCCUCGGUCCCGGGACGCCCACCGGCCGGGGCGCCGGGGGCUGGCACCUGCACAGCAGCCGCUGCAGGGGUGGGGCAGACACGUGGGCAGCCUUUGCUCCGGGGGCCUUGCAAAAAAUCUCCUCCCAAAUAGCGGGAAAGGGAAUUUGGUCAGCUGCAGGAGCACCUGCGCCGUGGGAAAGGGGAGGCUACUGGGGUGUGAGAUGCUCCUGGUAUGGGUCACCCUCCUCCUUUGGAACGCAGGGGUGAGUGCAGGCAGCCGGGAAGGAUCCCGGCGGCAUUGGCACACCCCGCAAGCCCCAUGGGGUCUGCUCCUGGCCGGGCUCACUCAGGAGUAGCCCUUGCUCAAAACCCAUCUCCCCCAGCACAGCCACAUCGCCUUCCCUCAGACAUUCAGCCCCAUGGAUAAGAUCCGGCUCCACACUCUCUGCCCGGGCUGCCCAGCUCUGCCCCAGCCCCACAGGGAUGCCCUGGCCAUGGGGUCCCUGCCAUCUUCUCUGUCUCUGGGGUGAUGCUGAUGAUCCCAGGCUGCCCUUCAGGGAGGGCUGGGAGUGGAUCCAGUCAGUCGGCUCCUCCCAGAGGUGUGGGGGCUCCAGAA